CUAGUCACUAGUCGUCUCUAGUGUUCCCCCUCUCCAAAAGAAAAUUCUCCUUUCCCCUUUGACCCCAAAAGGAAUUGAGCAACAGAAGAGGAGGAAAAAAAAAUCGUUGCUCCGAUCUCGGAAAAAAAAUUGCUCCGCGAGAGGAAGAACGCGCGGGGGGAGAGAAAAAAUUCUAAAAAAAAAAUCUCUCACUCUUCCACUUCCUAAAAGCCACCUCCACCCAUCCCCCCUGACCCCUCCCUCGCCCCCUCCAGUGGCAUUGUUGUCAUCUUGUUCCCGCGCGCGCCAGAGACCGUAACGCACCCUCGGGAGUGUUUGAUAACCCGGACUUGGUCUCUGGGACACCCGUGUCGAGGCCCAGACCCAGAUUGCCCCAGCAGUUUGCCCCCGGCCCCAGUUGGUGUCACCGUGUUCUCCUCGUUCGUUUUUUUUGUUACGUUUUUCCGUCAAUUUCCCCGUUAAAAACGACGAGACUAAUCAUCAACGCUGACAAUUGGGGGGAGAGAGACACAGAGGGAUUCAAUAGAGAGGAUUUUAAAAAAAUCAUUUGUGUUGAGUUACCACACCUCAUUAUUUCGUUUCUCUCAUGAAAUACUGAGGGGAAUAAAAGAGGAGAAAAAAAAAAACACACAUCUCGGUUGAUUACUGAACGUACUUUGGGGAUUAGUUGGUGGUGGUGUGGAAUACGAAUCUCAAGAUGGCCGCUGACUCGGGAAUGGAGACGUGUCCGUCACCAGAAAUUGCGGACUCGAGGAAACGGCCCUUGGAUUGUGACGUGGAGAACGGGGCGACCAAAAGGUCUCAUUACGGCUCAGGAGGAGAUGGAAUGUAUCACCUCAAAGUGCUCGUCCCAGGGGUGGCCGCUGGUGCCAUCAUUGGGAAGGGGGGUGAGACCAUUGCACAACUGCAAAAGGACACUGAGGCCAGGGUCAAAAUGUCAAAGGCUCGCGAUUUUUAUCCAGGGACUUCCGAACGAGUCUGUUUAAUAACCGGAAGUGUCGAAGCCAUAAUGCAAGUUAUGGACUUCAUAAUGGAGAAAAUCCGCGAGAAGCCAGAUUUAACAGUGAAAACAACGGUGGACUUUGACUCGGGCAAGGCAACAGCCGAGAGAGACAAGCAGGUGAAGAUUCUGGUGCCCAACAGCACCGCUGGCAUGAUCAUAGGCAAGGCAGGGAACUACAUAAAGCAGAUUAAAGAGGAGUCUGGGUCGUACGUACAAAUAAGCCAAAAGGCCAAGGAUCUGUCGCUCCAGGAGCGCUGUAUCACCGUCAUUGGAGAGAAGGAGAACAAUCGCAAUGCACUUCUCAUGAUCCUAGCCAAGAUUGCUGACGAUCCACAGAGUGGUACUUGUCUCAACGUCAGUUAUGCUGAUGUCAGUGGUCCAGUGGCCAAUUACAAUCCAACGGGGAGCCCCUAUGCACAGGCACCAGCUACAACACCAACCUAUACGUCACCAGCUGGUCUCAACACCGUAUCUCUGCUGAACGGUGCAGGCCUCAGUCUAAACCUGAACCUGGGUGCAGCAAUAACGACCGGCACAGCCCCAGUGACAACUCAGCUGCUGGAGCACCUGAAACUCCACCUUCGUACCACUGGUUUCUCCGAGGCAGCAGCCACCGAGAUUCUCACAGCAGCUGCCACCCUCGCCAAGUACAACAUCCUGGGAAUGGGCAUAGGUGUGCCCUCGAGUGUGUCAUACCUUGGCAAUCCCAUCGACAGCACCACAUCAGCAAAUGGCUCCAACAACAAUGGUGGUGUUUUCGGUCCAAUUGGUACAGUACCAACAAUGGGAUCAACAUCGCCAACACCUCGCAACACACUCGACAGAUACGAGCCCUUCGAUGCAUUCAGGCAAAAUUCAACAGCUGUAUCAGCAAUACAUCUCAACAACAAUUCAUUUGGACUUGGAACAAAUCAAUUGUCACUCGUAAGUAAGAGCCCUAAUACAAUCGAGAUCAACAGCAAGGAAACCAAGAAAGUAGAUAUAGAAAUUGCUGAGGUUAUUGUUGGUGCUAUACUUGGACCCGGUGGUCGUUCACUCAUUGAGAUUCAGCACUUAAGUGGUGCUAAUAUACAAAUAUCUAAAAAGGGAAUGUUUGCACCUGGUACGAGAAAUCGUAUUGUCACUAUUACUGGAUUUCCUAAUGCCAUUGGUACAGCCCAAUAUCUCAUUGAACAGCGAAUCAGCGAGGAGGAGGCCAAGCGUGCGCGUCACAAUGCCAUUGCUGGCAUGAUACAUUGAUUCCAAUAUUUAUCAUAAAAUAUAUCAUGAGUUUAUUUGAGAUAUUUACGGAGGGAUUUUAUCCACAUAUUCCACUGGAUUACUGAGGAAUUAGAUGUGUUGAUAUAUUGAAUGGAAAACCUAAAUUUUAUCAUUGAAAUUGACAAAUCCCUGGGGAUAAAUUUUAUAAAUUUUUCUUUGCUCUUUCUCUCUCACAUUAAAACACUUGCAAAAAGAAUGGAAUAUAUUCACCAGAAUAAUAUUUUCAAUACAUGUUUUGAGGAUUUUCCAUUCAAUAAUUUAACACGUGAACAUUUAGUUUCUCGUUUUCCUUCACAUACUCUCAGAGAAUUUCUUUCAUGAAUUGAGUCACAUCUAGGCGCUUGUUGCAUUGCCCACAUCACCCAUUGAAUCGCCACUUUAAUUAUAAACUUUAAGAUUCUUAAUAUAUUAUAUUAAACAUGCAUAUAUACGUUGAUGAGGAUUACUAUACGAUUGUUCUGUGAUACACCACAUUGCGGGGCUUUAUCACACCUUUAACGAACAAAAUAACACAAGAGUCUAUUUCGAUGAUGAAUUUUGUGCUCGUGAAGACGGAGAAUGGUUGGACAGAUUUUAUUUAUAAUUAUUAAGAGAUUUAUCUUCUUCUGCCAGAGGUUUUCAAUACCAAAGAUACUUUGACCAGAUUAUUCCUUUCGUACGGUUUUUUUAAAUAUUAUUAUCGAGAGGCUGGCUGGCCCUGCCCCAUUCAUGAUUCUCAUGCCUCAUACAUAUAUAUUUUUUUUCCCUCUAUUUCUUCGGGUUCAAUCACUCAUUCAGUCCAGUCAUUUCUUCGAUCGAAGCACAAACUUGAGAGAGCUAUUUUCACUCUUCAGAUUCUUGUGUUUGAAUUCCAGUUGAUACAGACACACUAGAUUAAAAUUAUUGAAUCGUUGGGAGGAAGAAUAAUCGUCAGAUUUAAGUCAUUUAGGCGAGUGAGAGUUUCCCAGAUUUCCAGGCUGAUGAAAUAUUUUUUUAUUCAGAUGAAAAAACGAGUUUAGGGGGACGGGAGGGGAGACGAUGUGCGAGGAAUUAGAAUUUUUCUCUAGGGGAUAUGUGAUGUGGAGCCCAGAGUCCUCAGAUUCACUUGUGGAUCGAGUGGAUGUUCGUGGGUUUUAUGAGAAUAUUCCGUUAUUUAAAGUGUUUCUGUAAUUGAGGGAUAUGUUAUUUGGAGAUGAAAAAUCGUUUUUAAUCACUCAAUCACAGAAAAAUUUCGAUGCUGAAGGGCAAUGAGAGUUUAAAGAAAUAUAAAUGCAGACACUGUACAAUUUAUCGAAGAGUUCUAAAGGCGCUGGCUCACCGUAUUUCCAUCAAAAAAAUAUAUAUAUAAAAAUGAUUAUGAAUUUAAAACGAAUAUGAAUAACAAAUGAACUUGUAUAUUUAUAAAUAUGAAAUAUUAAACGAUAUAUGGAGGGAAUGAAGAAAGAAUUAUAUUAGAAUGAAUAAUGAGGUUUCAUUAGAUUAUUGUUGACACGAGGGUAAGAUUACUGACAUUAUUGAUACUUGCGUCCCGGAUUUAGAGUAUGAUUCAUGUUUUAAUUGUAUCGUUACCAAUUUCGUUUCUUUUUUAUUGUCUACCAUCACUGAGGGUUUUUUAGAUUUUUUUCUCCAGCCAAGUGGGGAAAUCGUUAUUUCCCCCCCGUUGUUAGAGUUUUAUUAACAAAUCAAUUUUAUGGAUGUAAUUAUUCAAAUUGUAGAUAAUCAUAAUUUUUUUAUGAACAUUCACCUCGAGAUUGAGAAUCGAGUCGUUUUUAUCUGAUUAUUAAGUACGAAGGGCAUCAUCACACUAGAUUUAGGGUAUGAAUUUGAAUAAAAAAAAAACACUUGGGUUACCUGAGGUUCAUCAAUCACUAGACAGAUAUUGGCAUCAUCCACUUAUCAACUGCUGAGUCUUAAAUGAAUUAGCGAUUACCAUAAAAAAUCAUCCUGUUUUUCAUAAUUUUUUUGUUUGCGUGAAAUUUGAUCAAGGGAAUGCAUUGACUCGUGAAAAACUAGGAGUGAAACUUUAAUCGUUUGCAGUCUUGAUUUUUUAUUUAACUAAACAAAAUGAAAUUUAACAACUCGUAGGUAGCCUUUGGUUUUAGUGUUUUGAAGAUAUUUGUUGAUUAAAUAUGACGUUUUUUAUUUAACAUUUUUAAAUUGAUUAAAGUAUUUCAGUCAAGUACGAAGAGAAAGUAGUUUAAUCAAUGAAAAUAGAACUUUUUUAAAGGGAAACAAAAAAAAAUUGUCUUGAAUUCAUUGAAAGAAUAUUUGUUUAUAGUCGUGUGAAAAAUGUAGACAAAUUUGUUUUGCGCAGGAAAAAUAGCUUCACGGCAAGGCAAUGUACGACGAGCAAGGACGAUUCGGAAAUGGAGCUUUCUACUGCGUACCUGACAGUAUUCACAGUUUGAACAAUAAUGGUUGAAUAAUUACACACACACACUGAACACGUUUAAUCGUGGCUCGUGAGUUCGCCAACCGAGAAUGCCGAGAAGCUGGUUUUCCUUCUUUAAACAGAGUCUCCUUGAACAUAAUUCAAUAGGUAAGCGUCAAAGAGAUGUGUUUACAGACAUAAAUUCCCACAAAUAGCUGAAGAAAGAAAAAAAAAAUGAGCAUUAAAAAUGUCGUGUGAGAAAUAUAUUCAACCAUUGGAGUUUAGAAUUGAAGAGAGUGAUGAAUAACAAAAUGGCGAACGUGAAGUAGCUUCAUUGACACCAAUAAAUGUCCUAAAUGUCGUGCACAAGAGAGAGAAAGAGAGAGACGAAGGGAAAAAAAACCCCGAGAAUAUCUGAUGGCUUUAAAAGAAGAAAAAAAAGUCAUUAAAAUUCAUUUGCCUGUCUGUGCAUGUCUCUUUGGUGAUUCUCUUUUGGAUAAAAACCUGAUGAAGCCCUGAAUAUUUCUACCAAUUGUAAUCAAAAUGAGCCUUUUUCAACGACUAACCUCGUUACAAACGUGAGAGAGAACGGUAGAUAAUACGUAUAGAGUAAAACACUUGAGUGAUGUAGCAUUAUUGGUGAAUUAUGCUACUUACGAGUUGUUGAAUGUUUAAAAGAUUAAAAUAUUAACAUAACGAGAGUUGUAGAGACGCCAUUAAUUGAUCGAUUGAACGCGAUUAUUUCCACAGAAUAUAUAUGGAAAAUGAAGAAUAUAUAAUGAUUAUGUUAAUAUAUGUAAACUAGCCAAAAUAUAUUAAAUAUUAAACGUAUACAAAGUAUAUUAGGAAAAUUCGCGUUCAAUUACUAUUCGUUCAAGUGUCGAAGGUUUAUUAAUAUAUUCAUAUUCAUUAAUAUAAAUUAUAGAGAGAAGAUAUGUAUGUUCAUCUAUAAUAUAUGAAGAUUCAUACACUGUUUGUGUAUGUAUAUAUGUAUACAUAACAAGUGGCAUGAGAUAAUUCAUCGAUUACAAACGUGCAAUUCGCCUAUUUUUUUUUUUUACAAUUUCCAUUAAUUUGUCGUUUCAUUCUGUCAAAUAUUUUUCUUUUUUUCUCCGUUCAUUCAUCAUUAUUGGACACGUAGUGGCAUAAAUUCUCCUCUCGAUUUAUUCAUCAACUCAUCAUUAUAAAUGUUGGAUUAGAGGUGACGAUUUAGGGAACAUUAAUUGUUAAAUUGAUAAUUUUAAAUGACGUAAUUGAUAAUUGAAUCAUUAGAGACACGUUGGGGAGUGAUUAGACAGGGACAGGUGUGUAGGAAUUGGUUAUUCGCCUCGAGUUCUCAUGGAAGAUGCACUAGUUUAUGUAUAAAAAUGUCGUGAUAAGGAACGAUCAAUUUUCAACAUCUGCAGUGAGGAAAAAAAAGAGACUAAAAACUUGCCAAUUGACAUUUCACUCGAAUUCUCCUUGUUUCGUUGGUAUCAUUGGUUAUUCGUUGUCAUUAGGGGUUUUUAAUGGGCUUUUUUUUCCUCAUUGCAAUUACCAUUACGCGUGACUCGGUCACGUAACUUGGCUGUGUGUUGCUAGGCUACAUCAUGAAUUCAUUGAAUCAUUUUCAAUCUAGUGUUGCCGAUUGAAUUUGAGGGGAAAUAUGAUAAUAGAUUGCAAUAGAAAAGAGAAAGAUAUAUAGAUAUAUAUAUAUAUACAUGCAUAUAACAGAUCAUGAGAAGAAUAUAUACCACAAUUGUCGAACGAUUGUGGCUCAAAUGCUUAUUUAAUUGACGUUAAAAAGGAAUUAUUAAUGAAAAAAAAAACAGAGAAAUAAUAGCUUGUAAUUAAUAAUAACAUGUCAUGCUCCAUUUAAAAUUACUGUGCCAUAAAAUUGUGCACUCAAACACUAUUUCCUCUCCCCUUCCCAUUAUCACUGAUGUACGUGACGUUAUUGUUAAAGUUUAUUCCACUUCAUUGUUGAAAUCAUGAGUUAUUUAUUUCGAGAAAAUAGAUAAAUUACGUUCACCUCGUUUUGAUUAUUAGAUAAUGGUGCUAAAUUCAUUAGAAUUCAACAAACAACGUCCACUAUUUCAAAAUCAUGAGUAAAUCCUCCAUUACACCGUUAACUCCCACAUAAUCAUGAUUAAAUUAAUGACUUCAUUGUCAUAACAAUCACAAGUGUCACAAAAAGUAUAAAUUAUACUCGCACGGAUUGACAAUAGCAACAAUUAUUUAUCAUUUAAAACAAACUAAUAAUUCAAUUGAUUCGAUGAAAAGACAUUUUUUUUUCAUAUAAAAUUUGCAUUAAUUACGCCUAAAAUUGACAUCACUCUAAUUGAUAAGAUUCAACAUCACUCGCGUUAAUGAAAAUUAUAAAUUAAUAACGUCCAAAGGGAAGUGUAAUCAGGACCUCAUAAAAUCAAGAAUGCAAAGUGUAAAAGUACGGCGAGAAGGGUUGUACAGAAAUUGUACGAAUGUUAAAUCCAUUUGGAAGUCGAUUUAGAUAGAGUAUUUAGGUUGUUAUUUUGGGGGUAAGGAUUUAUCGAGGGCUUUGAGGUGGAGAUGUGAAGGGGAUUUUAAAAAUAAUGAUAAAAAGAAUUAUGCAAUAUAUAAAUCCGGAUGAAAUCGUUGUUGUUGAGGUAGACAAGUAGCAGUAGCAGCUCGGGGAUAAAACAGAUAUUAAAUAUUUAAAAAAAAUGAAGGAAUAUUAAAAGUACCUUGUUGAGUAUAAGUAUAUGCAUAAAUAGCGUUUUAGUGGAAACAGAUAAAUGGCUAAACACAAGAUGAAUUAUUGAGUUGAAAAAACAUAACGUGUGAGCACGUUGAACCUCGCGCAGAGAUAAUACAUAUAUUAAAAUGUUCAUUAAAUAAGGAACGAUACAGAACAGAUUGCUGAGAGAAUACUAAAGACCCUGUGCUUUUCAUGUUUUUUUUUCCUUCUCCUCUUUCGUUUUUUUGAUCUUCAGAAUGCUCCCGAGGGUUUUUUAAAUUAUAAAUAGAGAAAAUAAUAACGAUAUAUCGAAAUUGAGCAGCUGGCUGCCAUCCAACCAGGGAAUCAUUCGUCACGAAUGCGAGUAUUGUACCUUACAUUCCUUUGGCUAUAACCGUAAUUUAAGGCAACAGGAUGAAAAAAAAAACGAUUUUAAAGAGUAUGAGAAAAAAACAAAUUAAUAAUGCACUCACUUGUGUGUCACGAUUCUAUCGGUAUCGUUCGCCUCACGCCACUCCCCGGUAUCACUAAAACGAAUAAAAAAUUCACGUUAUUUCAAUGAUAUUAAUCCAUUUUUUUUUUAUUUCAAUUAAAUUUCAUGAAUUUCAUCCCUAUGAAAAAUCAUCAGUCGUUUUGUUUUUGGGACUAGAUCGAAGAGUAGGAAAUGUAUAGCUCUUGAACCCUUCAUCGACAACCUUCAUUUUUUCUAGCAUUAAAUAGAGAAGUGUUAAGCACAAAUGAUAAAUGCCAGUGUUACGAGAAUCUCUCAUGAAAUGAAAUAUCCGCAAAAUGAAAUUCCGUCGAAAGGUUUCAAUAGAUAUAAACAAAAACGUUACGAUAAAUGUCCACAUGUUUUUUCCCCUCUGCAUUCGAUUAACUUGAAAUCGUGUGUUAAAAAAAAUGUUAUCGCUUGUAAUACCCAGACAAAUGCUUCGCAAGAGGUGAAAAUGAUAAUUAAAAUCAAGUGGUUCGAUAUAAUCAUCAUUGUAGAGAUACGAGAAACAAAAUAUUGAAUCGCAUUUUUAUCGCAAAAGUGCAUCGUUGUAAUUAUUUUAUUAUUAUUUUCUUCAAUCAUCCAUGUCAGAUCGUCACGUCGUGCAUAGAUAAAAGUUAACACAUCAGUUGAAUAAACAAAUUAAGGGUUUAAGACAUCACAAUCUUUUAUUUAUUCACGACUGAAAAUUUUUCUAUGGUAGAUUGAAAUAAGGAGAGUUCAUUCGGUGUUAAUUAUUUCGGCAAUUAAGGAUCGAUACAGGUACGAUAUUAUUAUUUCACUGUCUCCUUAUUUCAAUUGUCCAUCACAAUUUGAUAAUUUAUUUAAAAAAGCCAACAAAACGCACCCGCUUAUUUCCCAUUACUUCCCCAUUUAUUUUAUCAAGACCAUUGUAACAUCUUACGUGCGCCCACAUCUUCUCUUGGGGGUGAUAAUUGUUAUAAAGAAGAGUUUAGAUUGUAAAAUUAGUUACUAUUGAACAAAAAAAAAUGAUAAAAAACGAGUAAUGAAAUCUAAUAUUAUUCUUACAUUCUAACACAUUUAUUUGCAUCCAACACGAAUUGUUAUUACGUAUCAUCAUUUAUUUACUUUUUUUCCUUUUCUCUCGUCUUCUUUUUUUUUCUCAUUCAAUGUUAAAUAAUUAUAAAAUAAAAAGUAUAAUAUAUUAACUAUUUUCAUUCAUGAAAAAGAAAGAAAGAUUUAAAGAAAAACAAAAAGCAUCGUUACCUGUAUGACAAGUGAUCAUAAGAGCAUAAUAAACAAUCGCUCAUUAAAUGCAUUCUGUUGUUAUUCAUUUCACCAAUUACCCAGUUACCCAGCCACCAUCUUUAUCUCCAUGUUUUUUAUUCCAUUUAUCAACGUUUUAGGUCCGAAUGACAUCAUCAAUCGUAUUUUUUCAUGUUUUUUUUUAUUCAAUCGUCUUCUUCACCAACUUCAACUCUCUAUCAACGUUUCAGACAUUUUUUUACGUUUUUUUUUCUACUGAGGACGUGUUAGGAAUAAUGUUGUUGAAUAUUUUGUAGGAUUUUAAGUAUUAAGGGCUAUUGAUUUUUGUAAUUGUCCGGGGGAAUGCAAUGAGAGGAUGACGUUAUUUCGAUGUACUGUGCUGUAAUAAUUUUGUUGAGUGAAGUUCGUCUUCUUGUUUCAUUCUCUUGCAAAAUUUUUAAAUCCUAAUGUUAUUGAAUCAAAGUCAGGAAGCUUUUCAGGGACAUUUGUAAUUAAUUUUUCAUUUCACUGAUCAGUUUAUUAUGUUCAUCUUCCUGAUGUUUGAUUGUACAAAAAUAAUAUUGAAAUGUACAAAAUGUAUUGUAACUGAUGACAAAUUACUGCGUAAGUUCCAGAUUUAAUGGCAAUUAAUCAAAGAAUAAUUGAUAAAACCGAACUUAUCAUUGUAUUUGUAGAUAAAUAAUUGUCACGAGUUAUAACGACAUAUCUUUGAACUGUAAAUAUACGAAUCUGCAUUGUUCAAAUAUUUCGCCCACCAGAUUUUCCAGUGAUAGAACGAAUAAUUAGAGCAUUCCAUUGAAGAGUCUAGACUAAAUUUAAAAAAUAAUAAUUAUGAGAUGACAAACGGAACUAGUCAAUAGUUAAGUGAAUGUAUUUUUUUAUGAAAACAAAAAAAAAUAUGAAAAAAAUAAAAAUACAUUAUUGAAAAAAAAUAUGUCGAGUCUGUGCUGACAGAUUUGGAAACAAAAUCAUGUCCACUCAGCUCUGAAAUUGAUAAAUAUUAGGAGAAUGAAGGUAAGUUAAUUCAUUUGUUGAGCCAAAUAAAAGAUAUUUAAUUUC